AUGUCUAAAGGAAAGGUUUUACUUGUACUCUACGAUGGGGGGGAACACGCUAAGCAAGAGGAAAGACUCUUGGGUUGUGCUGAAAAUGAAUUAGGAAUCCGUAGCUUGGUUGAGUCUUAUGGCUAUGAAUUGCUUACUACUACAGACAAAGAUCCUGAACCGGAGUCCACUGUGGACAGAGAAUUAAAGGAUGCAGAGAUUAUAAUUACUACACCUUUUUUUCCAGCUUAUGUGACUCGUACCAGAAUUCAGAAUGCACCUAAGUUGAAGAUGUGUAUUACCGCCGGUGUGGGAUCCGAUCAUAUCGAUUUGGAUGCUGCGAAUGAGAGAAAGAUUGCUGUUACUGAAGUCACGGGCUCGAAUGUUGUUUCUGUAGCAGAACACGUAGUCAUGACAAUGUUGGUAUUGAUCAGAAACUUCGUUGGUGCCCAUGAACAAGCUAUUGGUGGAGGCUGGGAUAUUUCUGGUAUCGCUAAGCAAGAAUAUGACUUAGAGGACAAGGUUAUUGCGACUGUUGGAGCAGGCAGGAUUGGAUAUCGUGUUUUGGAGAGGUUAAUUGCGUUUAAUCCAAAGAAACUUUUGUAUUAUGAUUACCAGCCCUUGCCAAGCCAUGCCAUUAAAAAAUUGAACGAUGUUUCCAAACUCUUGAACGGGAGAGAUAAUAUUGUUGAAAAGGUUGAUGACUUGGGGGAGAUGGUCGGACAAGCUGAUAUCGUAACUAUUAAUUGUCCACUUCAUGAGAAAUCUCGUGGAUUAUUCAACAAAGAUCUUAUCUCAAAGAUGAAAGAUGGUGCUUGUUUAGUUAACACCGCUAGGGGAGCAAUUGCAGUCGCUGAAGAUGUUGCUGAUGCUUUAAAAUCCGGAAAACUUAGUGGCUACGGUGGUGACGUUUGGUACCCACAGCCAGCACCUAAGAAUCAUCCAUGGAGAAGUAUGAGUAACCCUUAUAACUUCGGCAAUGCCAUGACUCCACAUGUUAGUGGUACCUCACUUGAUGCUCAAGCAAGAUACGCAGCCGGAGUUAAACAAAUCUUAGUAAGUUACUUUACAAAUAAGAAAGAUUACAGGCCGGAGGAUGUCAUCGUCAUCGAUGGUGACUAUGCCACCAAAGCUUAUGGUCAAAGAUAG